GGGCCUCCUCCUUUCCCGGCCUAGCUAGCGGCGGCGUCGGGGCUAUGUCGUGGGCGCCGGGCCGCUUGCGCGCGGCUCUGUCCCUGGCAGCGGUCCGCGCGCCCAGUGCCACCAGCGAGGGCGCGGCGCGGCGGGGGUUGAGCGCGCGGCUCGCGCCGCAGGAACCCGGCAUGGAGUACCAGGAUGCUGUGCGCAUGCUCAACACCCUACAGACCAAUGCUGGCUACUUGGAGCAGGUGAAGCGCCAACGGGGUGACCCCCAGGCACAGCUGGAAGCCAUGGAGCUGUACCUGGCACGGAGUGGACUGCAGGUGGAGGACUUGGACAGGCUGAAUAUCAUCCAUGUCACUGGGACCAAGGGAAAGGGCUCUACCUGUGCCUUCACUGAGCAUAUCCUGCGCAACUAUGGCCUGAAAACAGGAUUCUUUAGCUCUCCCCACCUGGUGCAGGUGCGCGAGCGGAUCCGCAUCAAUGGGCAGCCCAUCAGCCCCGAGCUCUUCAGCAAGCACUUCUGGCACCUCUACCACCGUCUGGAGGAAACCAAGGAUGGCACCAGUGUCUCCAUGCCCGCCUACUUCCGCUUCCUCACCCUCAUGGCCUUCCACGUCUUCCUGCAAGAGAAGGUGGACCUGGCGGUGGUGGAAGUCGGCAUCGGCGGCGCUUAUGACUGCACCAACAUCAUCAGGAAGCCUGUGGUGUGUGGAGUGUCUUCUCUUGGUAUUGACCACACGAGUCUUCUGGGGGACACGAUGGAGAAGAUAGCGUGGCAGAAAGGGGGCAUCUUUAAGCCUGGUGUCCCUGCCUUCACUGUGCUCCAGCCAGAAGGUCCCCUGGCGGUGCUGAGGGAGCGAGCCCAGCAGAUCUCGUGUCCUCUCUACCUGUGUCCACCACUGGAAGCCCUGGAGGAAGGGGGCCCUCCGCUGGCCCUGGGCCUGGAGGGAGAGCACCAGCGCACUAACGCAGCCUGCUUGCAGCUGGCCCACUGCUGGCUGCAACGGCAUCAUCACCUUCACCAGACCAUCCAGGAGCUGAAGCCGCCCAGACCAAGCAACCUGCGGCAGCUGCCCCCGGCACCUGUGUUCCGCCCCACUUCCCGUAUGCGGCACGGGCUUCAAGACACGGAGUGGCCAGGCCGGACACAGGUGCUGCGGCGCGGGCCCCUCACCUGGUACCUGGAUGGUGCGCAUACCAGCAGUAGCGUGCAGGCCUGCGUGCGCUGGUUCAGACAGGCCCUGCAGAGGCAGGAGAGGCCCAGUGAUGGGCCUGAGAUGCGAGUCUUGCUUUUCAAUUCCACUGGAGACAGGGACCCUGCAGCUCUGCUGAAGCUCCUACAGCCCUGCCGGUUUGACUAUGCUGUCUUCUGCCCUAACCUGACAGAGGUGUCAUCCACAGGCAACGCAGACCAGCAGAACUUCACUGUGACACUGGACCAGGUGCUGCUCCGCUGCUUCCAACACCAGCAGCAUUGGAGCCGUCUGAACAAGGAACAGGACCACUCAGACCUCUGGAGCCCCUCGAACCUUGAGCCUGGUGGGCCUGCCUCUCUGCCUGCAUCCCACCCUUCCCGCACCUGCAACACCAGCUCCUUUGUCUUCAGCUGCAUCUCACAUGCCUUACAGUGGAUCAGCCAAGGCCGGGACCCCCAUCUUUCAGCCCCCAGCCCCUCACAGAACCUCCUUACUCACCCCAUGGCCAGCAGUGGGGCCAGUGUUCUCCGUGAGGCUGCUGCCAUCCAUGUGCUGGUCACUGGCAGCCUGCACUUGGUGGGUGGUGUCUUAAAGCUUCUGGAGCCUUCCCUGUCCCAGUAGCCAAGACAGUGGGGCCUGGAGGUGGGGCCUCCAGCUGGAUUCCCUCUGUGAACUUAUACCAGGUGCCUUUUGAUUUCUGGUUUCUUGAUUCUCUCUGGACUGACCCAGGACCCUGGCUCUGGGUGGUGGAGUAGAAGGCUGGGCGGGACAUUGUCUCUGGCCAGGGCAAUGGGGGCUUUCUCAGGACCCGCUGUUGGAGAUGCCUGAAGCAACCCAUCUCUCCUUGUGGCUCAGGCCUAGGUUGUUGUAUGAGCUGCCUGACUGGCCUAGGGUCCUGCUGGGUGCUAGGUGCUAGGUUUCCUCCUUCUAGUGCCUUUAGAGAAAGGAAAGGCCCCUGCCUGGGACGUCCUAGAGACAGAGGUUAGCUGGGUUCAAUUAAAGCCUUGUAGCGUUUUUUU